AUGACCGCUACGUCCCCUACCAAUGGAGCCGCCGCUCAGCCGGCUGGCUCUCACGCUGGCAGUGUGUCGCCGUCGACCGCUGCCACCCCAAAAUCCGUCGCCUUCGAACUUCUGUUCCCUGAAUCACCUCAAUAUCGUGCGCGCUUGCCCCUUCGGGUUUCCAUCUUCCCGCACGACACAACCGACUCCAUUGUUACGACGGUCAAGAACUUCUACGGCCUCUACUCGGGCCCCACUGUCUCCAAAGGUGUCAGCUUCGAGGAUGAGCAGGGCAACACUCUCAUCGCGCGCUACGAGAACUUUCGCAACAACAUGAUUGUCUACGUCCGCGUUAUUGAAGAAGCGUCGCUUGCGCCAGGCACAUUCGGCCCUCAUGGCUACCAUUCAACCCCUGUUGGUGCCCAAGCCUUCUACAGCGGCGACGCCUACCCACUCCAAGCACCCCAACAACAGUAUGCACAACACGUAUCAAGGCCGGCAUCGAGGGCCUCGCGGAGGCGCAGUCCCUCACCAACCAGCCGUGGCCGCCGAAGUGCUUCCGCGAGCACCUAUCCGGGCCAUCCAAAGAAGGCUCGCUCUCGCUCCUCCAAGAAUCAUCAGGCCGCCAAUUAUGACGCCCAGAGCGACAGCAUGAACGGCUACAGCAGCGGUGACGGCGCACCCAGUUCUGCCUCAGGGAAGAUCAAGGAUCAUCUUGGUAAUACGGAAAUCAGCGUCGAAAACAUCGUCGAGGGUGGCCGCCGCAAGCGGGCCAAGUUCGAGAGCUCGGAACUCCCCUUGUUUGCUCCCCCUCAAAUGCCUGCGGCUACCUCGAAUCCCUCCGUCUCCCCUGCCCGUCGCAUUGAGCACCACCGGAACUCGAUGUCUUUUGUUCCGCCCGGGCAGAACCCCUUCACCCAUCCACGACCUCUCCAGUCUCCACAGAGCUAUACCAACGGAUCCAGACAUGCUGCCAUGUACACGACCCCCGGCGCAGACGCUCGCCGCACCCGAGGUAGCAUUGGCUACCCUGCCGGCCCCGGUACGACUGCCGGAGGCGGCAUUCUGCCCACUCCUGACCCUACCGUCGGGAGCUGCAUGUCCGAGGAAGACAAGGACGUUGCUAUCCAGCUCAUGCGCCUUGGUGAAAUGUCCAAUGUGUCCCAUGGCAGGACGUCUGCGUCGACACUGGACGACACCUUCAGCGGCCGAGCUGACGCCGCCUCCUCCACCGGCGCUACAAGCGAAGCUGAGAGUGAUAGCGAAGACGAGAUGUCUGCCGCGAGGCGACAGAAGCUGGAUAUGUCUGGUAAUCAUAAGAAGAUCUUCAUGACAACUGAGGGGAGCCACUCUACCGCCGCCCCUCAUGAGAGCGUCGAGCGAGAUGACGUCGACUACGAGGACGGUACCCAGGGCUUGAUGGCUGCGCCAAAACUCAAGAACCCCAAGCCCAGGGCCAAUACGCUGAAUGGCGUGAAGCCUACGCACCAGCACCAGUCUCAGCCUCAACAACCCCAACACCAACCCCAGCCCCAGUCCCAGCCUGGUGCCCAACCGCCCGUCGCAAAGGCCAAGAUGUCCAAGCCAAGCAAGCCUAAAGCAAAGAAGCCGGCCAGCAUUUCUGGGCCAAUGUCUCCAGCUUCCCUUCCGGCAUCUCGCAAGCCACCCAUCGCAUCCAACUCCACAUUUCCUGUCGUGUCCGGCGAGGAUUUGGAUAACCCGGACCUAUCCUCCAAGCCUCGUUGCCAGCGUUGCCGCAAGAGCAAGAAGGGUUGCGACAGGCAGCGGCCAUGUGGGCGCUGCCGUGACGCCGGAAUUCCCGCCGAAUUCUGCAUCAGCGAGGAUGAAGGUAACGGUCGCAAAGGCCGUUACGGCCGCCACAUGGGGGUGCCCAUCAAGAUCCAGGAUAUACCCGCUUCCCAAGCGCUUCUCCCCGCAGCGCCCAUUACCACAGCCACAUCUCUCGCCGGUAUCGACAAGAACAAGAAGCGCAAGAGGUAG